UCCCUAAGCUCCUCCGCACGCCGGCCAAGCCCUACCCCGGCCCCACGCCUCCACGGUUGUCCGGGGCCCCUCUCCGCUCACCCUAAGUGCAGCCCCACGCUGGCCUGCCCCUCCUCAGACGUCCGGUCCCGCGCGCUCUCUCCAGGCCACGCCCUUCGCGUAAUUGCCUACUAACCCGGAAGCGGAUUUCCGGAAGAGCAGGUAUUGCUCGGUCCCCGCCGCAGGCCCCGUACCCGCCCGCCAGGCCCGCGAGGAGUUCAGCGUUUCCCUGAGACGCUCGGGUCGUCGAUCCCUCCGCUCCCCGGUCCUCUGGUCCGAGUCCGUUUCCUGCCGAAGUCGUCCCGAGGCCUCCCACAGAACCCAGCCCUCUCCUGAGACCCUCGCCAUCCUCGUCUCCCCGCGGCCCAGAGACACAGUCACCACAGGCCCGUGGGCCCCGGCCUGAGGGCAGAGACCGAUCCUGUGCUAGGGACCCCCGUGUACUGAUGUCCCAGUCCUGCUCCCGCCGGCUGUGUCUGACAGGGUGUGUUUUACACUGUCCACAUCCCACUGGCCAGGGAGCUCUUCCUGGGCAGAGAGCAACUGUGAUCCCGUCCCUUUGAAUGUCCAGUUAUGUCCGCAGGAUAAGGAUCCCGGAGGCCCAACAAGAAGAGGGAGGGAGUAAGGGAGAAUCAAGUGGAGGAUGGGAAGUGAGUGGUUACAAUGGACUUUCAAAGGAACAGUGAUAUGAAGUGACCUGGAGGGAAAAUAGUACAGUAUGUGAUAAUAGAUCAGCAUGGAAAUACGGACAGAGUAUGUAGUGAGACUUUGACCAGUACUAGCAUUGGGGCGAUAGAAGGGUACGGUGCAUCUUUAGGUUUCUUUUUAAUUUCUAAUUGCUUUACCCAUUAAGUUGUCACAUUCAGACUAUGAUCUUUUAAUUAUAUGGUCUGAGAGUUAAGGUUUCCAACUAAGUAUACAAUAUCUUUGAAUUCCCUUUUUCCCUUUUUUUUUUUUUUUGUUCUUUCACCAAAUACUGUGGGAUGAGCUGCAUAGUCCUGGAACCUUUGUUCUAACGUGUCUCGUCCGGAUAAAUCCGUUGCUCAAAGCUUGGCCUCCUCUUCCUUGGACUGUGUGAAUGAAAACCCAGAAGGCAUAAUGGAAUCACAAGAAUCAGUGACCUUUGAGGAUGUCGCUGUAGACUUUACCCAGGAAGAGUGGACCCUGCUGGACGGAUCCCAGAGAAAACUCUUUAGAGAUGUGAUGCUGGAGAAUAUGAGUCAUCUGGUCUCAAUUGGUAAACAACUCUACAAAUCAGAUACAAUUUCCCACUUGGUAAAAGGAGUGCAUCUUUCAAGAGAAGGGAUAGGUUUGCUGCAAUGCCAGAGUCUAGAUAGCGAAGAUGAUCUUAAAAAACAAGAAAUGAUAUUCAUGCAACAUAUCUACAAGAGGGACACGACAUUAAUCUGUGCAAAGAAAUCUCAUAGCCAAGAUCCUUUUGAAAGCAAUGAUUUUGGAGAAAAUUUUACUGAAAUAUUAACAUGGACUCAAUAUGUGAUACCUAAAAUGGGAAAGAAUCCCUAUACCAGCAACAAAUGCGCACAAGACAGCAGUUAUUUGACACCUGUUAAUAUACAUAAGCAGAGUCAUGCUACAAGUAAAUCAUAUGAAUGUCAUCAAGGUGGGAAUGCCUUUAUUCAAAGCUCUGUCCUUAGACAACCCAUUAAUACUCAAAAUGGAGAGAAAACAUUUGAAUGUCAUGAAUGUGGGAAAGCCUUUGGAAAAAGUUCUAACCUUAGGCGACAUGAGCUGAUUCACACUGGAGUGAAACCACAUGGAUGUCAUCUCUGUGGGAAAGCCUUCACGCAUUGUUCUGACCUUAGAAAACAUGAGAGAAUUCACACUGGAGAGAAAUCCUAUGGAUGUCAUCUGUGUGGGAAAGCCUUCAGUAAGAGUUAUAACCUUAGGCGACAUGAGAUCAUUCACACUAGAAAAAAACCUCAUGAAUGUCAUCUAUGUGGGAAAGCCUUUACUCAUUGUUCUGACCUUAACAAACAUGAAAGAACUCACUUUGGAGAGAAACCAUAUGGAUGCCAUCUAUGUGGGAAGACAUUCAGUAAAACAUCUUACCUUAGACAACAUGAGCGAACCCAUAAUGGAGAGAAACCAUAUGAGUGUCACCUCUGUGGGAAGGCGUUCACUCAUUGUUCUCACCUUAGAAAACAUGAGAGAACUCACACUGGAGAGAAACCAUAUGAAUGUCAUCUAUGUGGGAAAGCCUUCACUGAAUCUUCUGUCCUCAGACGACAUGAGAGAACCCACACUGGAGAGAAGCCGUAUGAAUGUCAUCUGUGUUGGAAAGCCUUCACUGACUCAUCUGUCCUUAAACGACAUGAGAGAACCCACACUGGAGAGAAGCCGUAUGAAUGUCACCUGUGUGGGAAAGCUUUCAAUCAUUCUUCUGUACUUAGACGACAUGAGAGAACUCACACUGGUGAGAAACCAUAUGAAUGCAGUGUAUGUGGGAAAGCCUUCAAUAGGAACUAUAACUUUAGACUGCAUAAGAGAAUCCACACUGGAGAGAAACCAUAUAAAUGUUAUGUAUGUGGGAAAGCCUUUAGUAAGUAUUUUAACCUUAGACAACAUGAGAAAACACAUGUGAAGGUAAUAAAUUCAGAAGACUCGCCACCUACAGCUUCAACCUAUAAACACUCUUGAGGGCCCAAACUCUUAAGAAACACUUUGUAAUCGGGGUAGGAGAGCCUUUAUUCAUCCUUGACUUCACUCAACCGAAGUUAAUCCAAAAUGGAGAGAACCCAUAUAUGGGCCAUCUGUAUGACAAAGCCUUUAGAUAACGGACUGACCUGGGAGUCAAUAUAUGACCUGGCAGAAUGUAAAUGAAGUGAGUUGGAAGAAUUUUCAUCCACAGUUGUGUUAAACAAAAUGGAGAAGUCACGCCAGAGAUGAAUCUAUGUCGGUAAUCAAUGCAGAAAUACUUUCACUUAUCCCCUAAAUAAGCAAAUAAAUCGCACAGGAGAGAUUCUAGAUCUAUAAUCACUUUGUUCUCAUUGAAUUGAGCAACACACUUGGCAUGCAGAAGAAAACUCAGUGAUAUGUAUCUGCUAAAACAAGAAAUAAGCAGGAAAGAAUCAUUACUAGGAAGACAAGAGAAUUUUUUUUUUUUUGCCAAAGGGUUGUGUUCAGUGAGAACUAGGAUAUCAAAGUGACUGAAGACAUUUUGCAGUAUCUAUUUCCAGAAUGCCUAAUAUACUUACACUAAUCUGUAGUGACAAAGCACUAUUACUACUAGUGACAAAAAACAUUGUUUGGCAAAGCUGAAAGCAGAAGCAAACACAAUCUGACCUUGCCUAGAUCCCCAUCACAACAACAGCUAUGAAUUCACAAAUCAAGUUGAGAAGAGGACCUGAAAGUCCCAUACCCUCCACAUGCAAAUGCAGAAAGCUUGGAGAGUAGUUGGUGCUUCUCUUCGGCCAGGAUAACAAGAGAAGGCCAAGUCAUUGGCACUUACUUGAAUAUGAUUAGUAACCCUGCCUCACAACUGGCAACAAAGACAAUGUAGAUGGUUAUAAUUAUUUUAUAAUAUGAGGGAGUAUGCAAUGCCUUUUUCAAUCCCCCACUUUCUGUCCUUUGGUUUGAUUAAAUAUUAUUGGUGUAUCCUCAGAUUGAAUUAAUUUUGUUUUCAGUGUGUAAAGUCUAUUAAACUCAUCCAAUCAUGUCA